GCUUCAAUCACAUCACAUCACGGGUGCACGGGAGCACGGCAAUGAAAAACAGUUUUUGGUGAUAAUUUUUUAAUGUUAAAUUUUUACUAACAAGUUAAAUCGAAUUAACAUUGUUGAUGGUUAAUGUUAUUACUUAAUCUAUUGGUCUUACUAGUUUGUAACGCUUAAACAGUUCAUUUGACGAAUCUAUUGACGUCUUAUACCGCUUGUUGGCUUUGUAUUCGGAAGCAUCAACAAUGCUUAUCACGUUCAAAAAUUUGCAACAGCACACAUUCAAACUGGAAAUUGAUUCGGACCAAACGGUGAGACAGUUAAAGGAAAAACUGCAAGCUGAAAAAGGAUCUGAAUAUUUGGCAGAAAACCAAAAAUUGAUUUAUGCCGGAAAAAUACUUAGUGAUGAUACUAAAAUCAGUGAUUGUAACAUUGACACAAAAAAAUUUGUGGUGGUUAUGGUUUCAAAAGCAGCUGGUGCGGUUAGUGCUACUAGUGCCACUAAUACUGAUAGUGCUGCUGAUGCCACAAGUGUUAGUGCUACUAAAUCAACACCAUCAGUUUCAACACCAUCAGUUUCAACACCUCUGAUACCAGCAGACAAUUCUCCUUUACCGAUUAUGCAACCUAGAGUUGCUGUAGAGCAAUUAACAUCGCCAGUAGAAACACCUGCUUCUGAACCAGAAUCUGCAUUUGAUGAGGAAUCUGAAAGAACGAUUCAAAAUAUUAUGGAUAUGGGAUAUGAAAGACCACAGGUUGUGGAAGCUCUUAGAGCUAGUUUUAACAAUCCAGACAGAGCAGUUGAAUAUUUACUUACUGGAAUACCUCAGGAACUUCUAACUGAUCCAACUAUUUCUCCAAAUAGGAAUGUGCUCAGUGAAGACUCAGGUGAUUUAUCUGGUAGUAGCCAAGUUCCUGCAACUGAUCCCCUAGCUUUUUUGCGCAACCAACCAACAUUUCAACAAAUGCGUACUGUUGUUCAGCAAAAUCCCGAAUUAUUAAACUCUGUACUGCAACAAAUUGGACAAACCAACCCAGCUCUGUUGCAAAUGAUAUCUAAUAAUCAAGAAGCAUUUGUGCGCAUGUUAAACGAACCUAAUGAAGGUGCUGCUGCAGCACCAGCAGCUGCUAGUAGAGGGCCAGCUGAUGGAUUCGAAGUGCCUGUAUCUACACAAGACAAAGAAGCCAUAGAUAGAUUGAAAGCGUUAGGUUUUCCAGAACACCAAGUUGUGCAGGCAUAUUUUGCAUGUGAGAAGAAUGAAAAUAUGGCUGCAAAUUUAUUAUUGACACAAGAACCUGAUGAUUAAAAUACCAUGACUUCAAGACUGAAAGGAUUUUGCUGAAUAAGUACAUAUUAAAACAAAAUUGCUGUGUAUUUAACAAAUUAAUCUGAGAAAUAGUAAUUGUUUGUUUUGGAAAAUUUGCUUCAAAAAAAAAAAAAAACUAUUUAUAAUAUCUUAGAGCUAGAGCAGUCCUUAAAGUUAUUUCUUUUAUUAUGGUUAAUUUUAUUGUGUUAUUCUUUCUGAUGGAAAUAAAAUCAAUUUCUUAAAACAUAA